GAGGGAGCCACAGAACGAAACAAUAGGGUGAGUCUUUUGAUUAAUCCUUUAGAUUCUGUUUUUAGGGUGCUUGGUUAUGUUGGGAAAGUUAGUGCUCGAUGCUACAUUGAUACAGGAGCAGAGGAAAGUUUGGUGUCCACUGCUUUUGUGGAGAAAAUUGGAGCUCCAAUUAAGCCAUUGAGAGAAGAGGUGAUUCUCAAAGGUUUUGGAGGUGGAGAAACAAUGGCGCUAGGCAGGUGUUUGGUGCUACUUACAAUAAGUGGCAUUAAAAUUAACAUCUGGCCGCUAAUGACAGAUGCUGACAUGGGGCGCAUCGAGAUAUUGCUCGGGACUGAGGCUAUCACUCAGCCUGGCCUGACAAUGGUGGUCAGACAGGGCAAGGCCAUGUUGUUGGAGGAGGAGAGUCCCAACAAAUGGAUGAGCAGCUUUGGUAUGCCUGAAGUGGAGGAGGGCAAAUAUGUGAUUCGGUUAGCAGAAGACCUAUGUUGCGAAUCAUUUGCGUCUCAGAUGGUCAAGGUCGACGUGAGUGGUAAACAAGGUGGCGAUUUUGUUAUGGUGGACAAAGUUGUAACCACUGAACACGGUUACCUUAUGAUACAUGGCCAACUUCUGAAGCUGCGAAUGGAGAACCAGCUGCUGAAGGUGACCAAUCUCACAAAAAAGGAGAUUCAUUGGAGAAAGGGGCGGGUAUUGUUUCGAUUGGAGUUAGGAGGCAAAAAGGAGGCCAAGGCUGGAGAGAAAAAGAAAGCAACCAAAACUACACAGGUAAAAUGGAGAUUAAAACAACAACCGAUGUACCGAUAUUUCACAGACCCUAUCGAUUGUCACACUCAGAGCGAAGUUUGGUGA